CCAAGUCUAGCGCGUGCUGACACAGCUGCGACAUCCCGCGCUGCACGGUCAGGGUCUGCCCUGCUUUUACCAAGCCUCUUGUGCUAGAACAACCCCACACCACUCGAUACACGACCUAAUCCGGAAUUUAGCAGACUCAUAAAGCUGUAUAAAUCCUCCGCCACUUUGCUUUCCACAAGAUCAUCAUCAUUACUCCAGUCCAACCACUCACAGAGGCCAUCUGACGCACACACUCGCACUAUCCCACAUCCAUCCAUCCCAUACCCACGGGACCAGCUAUCUAGUCUUGGCACAGAGCUACACAGAACUUUCACGACCCUAAUUUCCAAUCGCAUACAAAGAAGCGCCGGUCGCCUCUUUAAAAAAAUUCCAGCAACCCCCCCAACCAACCUCAUCCUCUCUCACCAAACCCACCAAAUAAAAUCACCAAAUCACCACCCUGGCGUCAUGGCUACCACUAGCAGCAGCUUCCACAUCCCGUUCCCGCGAAACUUCCUCUCAGUCAACACGCCCAUCAAAAAGUCCAAAGUCAACAUGCCUGCCGCCGCCGAGCCCGAGCAGCCUGCUCACGGGUUUCUUUCCAACGUCGCUCACCACGGGCCACGCCACGCCUCCAUCUCCUCCCUCUCCUCCAUCGGCUCCGUGUCCGACACAGCCGCACCAUCUGCACUUGCCCCCGACUCAGCCGGCUCUCCGCGCCUGGGCCCCGCGGUCUUCGCUCCUCUGGCGCUUAACGCGAAGCAUGAUGUUCUUCCCCCGUCAACUGCGCGCGAGGUGAGCGCAAAGACGUUCUUCAUCCCCGGCGGCUUCUUGUCCAAUAGGGCCUAGGUUGGCGUAAAAAAUCAGUCAUCGACUUGCUUUGCAUGCUUCACGCAAACUAGUCGCCCCGGAGUUUGGCAUCGUCGACCACCGGUAGCCGAGCAAGGAGGCUUGGCUUGAAUCGGGUCGCGCAGGCGUUUUCACGACAUCAUGAU